UUGUUUUGCAAAUAAUCUGCACUACGUUUCGGAACUUGAAAAAGAACAUUAGAUAAUCGGGAAGGUGGUGCUGUUGGGCGUUUGCGAUCUCCAGAAACUUCAACAUUCGAAUUUCUGUCUGUCCCCUAAAAUUUGCAUCCUAAUGCAAAUUUAAGGCCGAGCAAAAUCUAAGCUACAAAUAUGAAGAUGAUUAAAUUCAUACCCAUUUUAUCACUUCUAUUUUUAUUAUUAAUUUCGACGUACCAUCAUAAUGUUGCUGCUGAAUCGAGCUCUUCCUCUUCCACCACAAUGCACACCAACAAUUGGGCUGUCUUAGUCUGCACCUCUCGUUUUUGGUUCAACUAUCGGCACAUGGCCAAUACUUUAUCUUUGUAUAGGACUGUGAAGAGACUGGGGAUACCAGAUGAAAGGAUAAUACUUAUGCUCGCUGAUGAUAUGGCUUGCAAUGCUAGAAACAAGUAUCCUGCACAAGUUUUCAACAAUGAGAAUCAUCGACUUAACUUGUAUGGAGACAAUGUUGAGGUUGAUUAUAGAGGGUAUGAGGUGACUGUAGAAAACUUCAUGAGGGUUUUAACGGGACGACAUGAAAAUGCAGUUCCAAGAUCAAAGCGGCUGUUAAGUGACGAAGGAAGUCACAUACUUUUGUAUAUGACUGGUCAUGGAGGCGAUGAAUUUUUAAAGUUUCAGGAUUCAGAGGAACUUCAAAGCCAUGAUUUAGCAGAUGCAGUAAAACAAAUGAAAGAAAAGCGUAGAUUCAAGGAGCUUUUGAUAAUGGUUGACACUUGCCAAGCUGCCACUCUUUUUAAUCAGCUUCAGUCACCUGGUGUUUUGGCAAUUGGCAGCAGUAGGAAAGGGGAAAAUUCUUAUUCUCACCACUUGGAUUCUGAUGUUGGUGUUUCUGUUGUAGAUCGCUUUACAUAUUAUACGCUUUCUUUCUUCGAGAGGCUAAAUAUGUAUGACAAUGCCUCUUUGAACAGUUUAUUUGGUUCUUACAACCCAAAUUUGCUGAUGUCCACUGCAUACUACCGAACUGAUCUAUACAAGCGCAAGUUAGAAGAGGUUCCUGUAACAAACUUCUUUGGUUCAGUCAUGGAAACAAUUCAUACUGAGUCAGCUUAUAAAGCGUUCUCAAGCAAGGAUUAUAGGAAGGAUAUACUCCGGACGCCGCUGCAACAGCCAGCUGACUUGCAGAAACAUAGAGAGCUAGCUGAUAGUGGUUUAGAAAAUACCUCUAAGUCUUUGGAUCAGGUUUGCCCUGUUCAUCGUUUAUGGGGUACUCUGCAAAAGACGCUCGAUAGCAUUGAUGAUAUUGAAACUUUUGUGAAUCACGGAUUGAUGAUUAUGCUUCCCUUGGUAGCAUUCACCACCUGGAUUUCACAUUGAAGGUGCUGAAAACCAUGGAAUCAACCAAAAGUGACUUUGUGUAACUGGUAAUAUCUGGUCAUUCGCAACUUCCAAAAGACAGAUUGCUGCUUAAGUUAUGGCAAUUAUGCCCUGUUUGUAUGCUGACAAGUUAAUGUAUAAUCAUGAAGUAUGUUGUGUGUGAGCCUUAGCCCGAAGAAGAAACAUUGAAUUUGGAGCUGGCAUACUUUUUUUUGGACAUCUGCUAUUCUAACUGGAAAUGGUGUCGUGGGCCUGGGAGAAAGAGCGACUGUGUGUAUCCAGUUCUCUGCGCAUAGAGCUGCAGCCUGCGAAUAACAGCAGUAACCGGAGUUUGUUAGACGUGUAUAGGGACAUGUUAACCUUUGCUCUGUAUAUGUCCUCUGGUUUUCUGGGUUUGUACUUUAUUACUUCACUUUUUGUCCCAUACAUUUCUUUACCCUGGAGUACAAAAAAAUGAUCAUACGCAAAAGGAGGAAUGAUAUAGCUAAUACUUGAGAGGAAAUUCAACAAUGCAUUAUUCUCAUCAUAGUUAUUGACAUGAUGAAGUUUCUGUAUUUUUAAAUAUUGAUCAGUUUAAAGUUGA